UCUGCUCGGUGUCCGAGAUUUUUGUAAUUUUUCCGCAAAAUUAUGCUGAAAAGUAGUGUGAAAACAUAUAAAUCAGCUAAAUAAGCAAACGGGCGUAAAGUAACAACUGAAAUUCAUUGCAAUUUGUGACAAAUCGUGCGAAUUAAUUGCAUCGAGAAGUAAUAACGUCGUGUAUUGAAGAACUCGUGAGCGUGUGUGAUUGUACGUGAGCAGUGCGUGAGCGGUGUGCGAACGAAACCGCAAAACAAAGCAUACGACGAAACAAAAACAACAACACACUACCUAUACAUAUUACAUGACAUACACGCACGUGUGCUGGUACGUGUGUUUGUGCGGAAUAAGCAAAAAUAAUUGUGUACACAUUUUUGUUGUUGUCUAACAGCACUAGCUUUGCGAUUUCAUUUGUGUUGCAGUUACAAACAGGACAACACAUUUCGCCAUAAAUAUCGUUCGGAUUCGUUGACAUUGUCUGCACGUUGAGACCAAACACGUGACUAGGCAAGGAAGCACCAAAGAGUUUCCAUCAACAAUAAACGGAGCGAAGCAGCAAGAAGUGGUACCUAACCUAAUAACUUAGGAAUAAUAUUAACAACAACAACAACAGGAAUAGGAGUAACAACGGCUGCAACAAUCUGGAGUAGAUUACGCUACUCUGGUUACGCCAUCGCCACUGAAGCACCAGCAAUAACAGCAGGAGCCUUAAAAAAACACGCUCGGCAUGUCCAGCAAGGAGGAAACUUCAACGAGUGGCGCCCCCGUCGCUGUCGCUGUCGCCGCUGCCACCACCACGUCAUAUGCCAAUGUAGUGCAGAAUUUGGACAGCAAGAAGUCGGCAGCUCUGCAAGAUGUCGUCGCAGCUGUCGACAACAAGGAGAAUCAACCCAAUUUAAAAACUUUGAAAUCAUGGAGUGAGGAAACAGCUGCAGCCGAAGCUGCUGGCGAGACUGGACUAUCAACAACUGUUGGCCUACCGUUGACCACCGGUGAGAAACGUGCCGCUCUCGGCACAGGCGACAAUACUGCGGAGAACUCUUCGGAAAUGGAUGAUAAUAAUGAUUUUGUGCCUGUUAUUUCGCAUCAUCGACGGGAUCGUAAGAAGGCACGCAAGGAUAAACCAACGCCACGUGAACAACGCGUAAGCGCAAGUGGCACUGGUCAGAAACAACAGCAGCAACAGCUGAGCAGCAAACGCAGCGUCAGUGGAGCUGCAGGAACUGGUGCCGGGCAGGAGUUGGGUGAACGUAAACAAAAUUCACGCCAACGUCCAGCACGUGGUGGUAGUCCACGCAAAACAGCUGCAGGUGCUCAGACUGCUGGAGGUGCAGGUGGCGGUAGUGGUGGUGGAAAGAUACAAAGGGAUCGCAAGCUGGACGCCUCACCCAGCGCUAGUCUGGAAGCGACUAGCAGCGGCAAUGAGGCUAAAUCUGGCGAUGGAGAUUCCCAGACGCUCAGCACAACGGCGCCGUCACAACCCAAACGCUUUGUAGCGGCCCCGCCGCCAAAGGUCAACGCUUGGAAGAUAUCAAAACAAACAGUGGGCAGUCCAAAAGCAACCAACACAUCGCCAUCAGACAAACGUGUUUUGCAGCCAAAGCCACAGCAGCAGCAGCAGCAGCAGCAACCACUAGCGAGGCAACCUGCCAGCAAUAACAAUAACAGCGCACAGAAUAUUAACGCGACGAGCAGCAGCAGUACCAGCAACAACAAUAAUAAUAAAAAGACACAACAACAGGCCACGCAGCCAAAUUUAAAAGGCGCAGCAGCAGCAACAACAACAACAGCAGCCGCAACAGCAACUGUCGCCGCUGCAACAGCAACAAAAACAAGCGAAGUCGCUUCAACAACUGUUGAUGCCAGUACUGCCGAUGCGUUUGCCAGCUCAGUGGUAAAGGACAAAAAGAAGGUCAAUCAGAAGGCCAGCGACUUUAGCAACAUCGGCGAUUGGCCCACACUUAUUGGCGGCGUAACGGGCAGUGGCAAACCCACUAGCAACGAAGCCAAACGUGCAACGAAAAAACAAAUAAAUAAAACCAACAGCAAUACACCCGCCAAUAACACCAACAACAAUAACGAUACAACAACAGCACCAAGCAGCAGCAACAGCAAAGCUCAAGCUGCAGCCACAAGUGCAACUGUCGCUAGCAACCCCGCUGACGGAAGCGUUGUCACAUCUUCCAACAACAACAACAGCCAGAAUAGCUCAUCAGUUGGUGCAACAGCCAGCACGAGUCAUGAUGCCAAAAUCCGAGACGCCGAACAGUCAAGCGGUGACGGAGCUGCUUCAGGCACUCCAAGUGCCCUCCCAGCUGCCAGCGCAGGCCCGAACGGCAUCAAUAAAAAGAUACCCAAGCACAAGUGGCGUCCAUUGCACAUCGAUCUGGCCAAAUCUAGUCGGCCCAAGUCACUUGGCGGACGCCCCAAUCGUCGGUUCAGCGGCGAUGUCAACGAUUCGCGCCGAUCAACACGCAUCUACCAUGAGCCGCGCGAGCGUGGCGCACCCGGAGCUUCAGCAGGUUCCCGCGGCCAUGGCUAUGGGCGGCAUUCGACGUACGCCGGCGCACGCUCGUCUGCUGCGCCUGAGCGUAUUGAUUCCUGGCGUAGCAGCGGCAGCACCGUCCCCGGGGGCGCCGCUGGACGGACAGAAGAACGUGACUACGAGCGUUCCGCCACCAGCGGCGGUGGCGGCGGUAUCCGCGGGCCCCGCCGCUUCCGUACGCCGUACAGGGGCGGGCGGCAAGGGCGCGGUGGAUUCACAAGACCGGGACCAGGUCGUUCGUCUCAUCGCAUACCACGCCAUCUGUUAGCUUCGGGCGAGUUUUCUAAUUAUCUGCCGGCGGAUGCUGCCGGUUCAGAUUCCUCGCAAUCCUAUGUACUCAUGGGCACCCAUUAUUUCGGUCCGGUACCGGCUGCGUAUAUUGAAAUGGACGCGACCAGCGUCAAGGAAGCCAUCAAGAAGCAAGUUGAAUAUUAUUUCAGUGCUGAAAAUCUUACUGGCGAUUUCUUUUUACGCCGCAAAAUGGACCCAGAGGGUUACAUACCGGUCACCCUCAUUGCCUCGUUCCAUCGCGUACUGGCACUGACAACAGAUGUGGCGCUCAUUGUGACCGCCAUUAAGGAUUCGGAUAAGCUAGAGCUGUUCGAGGGCUAUAAGGUGCGCACAAAGACGACACCAACCAUUUGGCCCAUCAGCGAUGUGCUGGAUCCCAAAGCAUCGCUGCUGGCAGCUGGAGCUGCCGGCGAUGAUGUGGCAACCAGUGGAACCACCACCGUUGCUGAGGUGGUGAAGUCGUCCUCGUCGUCGACGAAGGCAGCGACUAAAGAGACUGAUAAAUCAAAGACGACGACGACGAUAGAAAAAACGGCGGCCGAUGUGGUUGCGGCCGUGCCAGAUGUGGUGCCAGAGGUUGAAAUGGAGGCUUCGGCGGCGACCAUUUUGAGCGCUCCGAUGGUCACAAAACCACUGAGCAGCAUACCGCCGCCGCCGGUGCCGCGUAAUUCGCAGAAUUUGGUGCCCAAAAUGCUGCAGGAACAGAAGCAACGGUCGCCUAUGGCGGCAUUGAAUUCGGUAAAUGCGAUCAGUGCCUUGACACAGCAGGUGGAGGCGGGACAGAAGGGCGGAUCUGCGGCUCAACUGGCCGAUCAUUUGAGCGGCUUGGCGGAGAGUGUUAAGCCCAAAUCAAGUUCAACGCCCGAGAAGCAACGAACUGUGGUGGGCGGCGGAGGCGGUGGCGCAGUGACCACAGCUGGUUUGGGCAGAAAGGCAGUGACUGAGGGCUCGGGUGCGUUGCAUGUGGCAGAGCCUGAGGGCAUGUGGAAAGAGGUAAAGAGACGCUCGAAAUCAAAUGCUUUAAAAGAAACUACUAAAUCUUCCAACAACACGUCAACAACUACAACAACAACCACACAAACGCUUUCACAAACGCUCAACAACAACAACAACAAAAAUAAUAACAAUAACAACAAAUCGAACAACACCGCCAUCAAUUACUCGUCUACAUCCUCUGUUACAUCGAACGCAUCAAACGCAUCCAACGCCACAACAUCCGCAAAGACAAAAUCAACAACAACAAACAUCAACGCUAUCAACAACAACAACAACACACUCACUUCUGCCUCAGCCACUGCCACCGCCACCGCCACAAAUGUCCAUGUCCACGCCCACGCCCACAAUGCCACCACCAACAAAAACAAUAAAAAUAAACCAUCUGCCAAUGCUACUUCUUCAACUGCUUACUCGACCUCCUCCUCCUCCUCGUCCAAAACAGUUGCUGCGCCAUCCGCUCAGCCCCAUGCCGAAAAGGAAGAACUAGACUUUCAAUUUGACGAAGAGCUCAUGGACCCCAUACCCGCCACCGGACGCAUCAAUAACUUCACCGAAAAAUUCUCUGACGACGACGACGACGAAUCCGACUACGAAUUUGCCGAUCGUGACAUCAAUAAGCUGCUAAUUGUUGCCCAAGUAGGUCGCGCCCCCAAACAUGAGGGCUACGACCGCACCGCCGAUUAUACAUCCCGUACAAAAAUCACCCAAGACUUAGAGAACAUUAUCAACGAUGGUCUGGCCAACUAUGAGGAGGAUCUAUGGACCACAUCGAAUGUGGUCACCAACGAUUAUCGCACCGUCAAUAUCAUCUCGCAGGAAGACUUUGAGAAAUUGGCGGCCAAUAGUCGUUUGCGUCCCAAUGCAGCUGCUACUUCCACGACCCAACCACCACCGCCACCACCCACAUUUGUCGACGAUGAGAACAUGCUUGACAAUACGCUCGAUCACACUCUAGUUAAUACCACACUCAACUCAACGCUCAACUCGACGCUCAAGUCGCGUCGCGCUCGCUUCUAUGCGGCACCCAACACACACUCCAUCGAUCCACGGACACCGCGCAAACGCAAGCUGCGUCACACCUCGAAUCCGCCUGUGGAAGCACAUGUGGGCUGGCUCUUGGAUACGGUGGAGCAUCGUCCCCGCACCACCUCUAUGGGCUCUUCUGCAGGCACUUCCCCGACUACCUCCUCGUAUGGAUCCUAUGGCUCAUCGGUGCCGCAAUCGUUGCCCGUAUUCCAGCAUCCAUCGCAUGCGUUGCUCAAGGAGAACAAUUUCACACAGCAGGCGUACCACAAGUACCAUUCGCGCUGUCUGAAGGAGCGCCGUCGCCUGGGCUAUGGUCAAUCGCAGGAGAUGAAUACACUGUAUCGCUUCUGGUCCUUCUUCCUGCGUGAGAAUUUCAAUAAAAGCAUGUACAACGAGUUCCGCACGCUGGCGCUAGAAGAUGCUGGCAAUGGGUUCCGUUACGGUCUUGAGUGCCUCUUCCGUUUCUACAGUUAUGGGCUGGAGAAAAAGUUCCGACCAUAUAUCUAUCAGGACUUCCAGGACGAAACAAUUGCCGAUUACGAAACUGGUCAACUGUACGGCCUUGAAAAGUUCUGGGCUUUCCUAAAGUACUUUAAGAAUGGCGAGAAACUCGAUGUGCAGCCCAAACUAUCAGAAUAUCUGAAGAGCUUUAAGACAAUCGAAGACUUUCGUGUGGUGGAGCCCGAAAUCAAUGAGAUUUUGCAGGGUGUGGGCAGCCUAAUUCCUAAUCGUCAGCUGAACCGACAUCGCAGUGUCUCCGAGAGCGAUGGUACCGCUGUUAUUGCAUCUGGUGGUCGACGCUUGAACACAACCAUAACCAAUCGUAGCGACUAUGUGGGUCGGUUACUCCAGCAACAACAGCAGCAGCAGCAGCAACAACAACAUCAGCAGCAGCAUCAGCAACGACAACAACAACAUAAUCAACAGGGUGGCGGCGGCUAUGGCCAACAGAAUAGGCGGCGCACGGGCAGCUUUGGAAGCAGCACGGUGCGCAUACGCAGCGGCUCCCUAGGCAACAAGCCACAGGUGGCGAAUCGUAAUUAUCAGCAGGGCUCGCAGCAUGAGCUGCGACGUGGCGGCAGCAACUCAGGCCUGGUGCCGCACAAGCGCCAACAACAGCAACAGCACCCGCAACAGCAGCAGCAACAGCAACAAAAUAAAUCAAAGGCGCAGGGCGCUAACACAACAGCGAUCAGCAAUAAUAGUCAGACAAAUGCCGUGCGCGCAUCCACAUCCGCGGCGGCAGCAACAGCGGCAGGAGUGGGAGUAGGAGCAGGAGCAGGAGUGGUUUCGUCAUCGUCAUCGACGCAGAAAUAGCUUGCAUAAUGCAUUAUAAUGCACAUUAUAAUAAUUAUUGAUUUGAUUAUCGUUAAGUUUAUGACCAUAUUAUGUUAGUUAGUGCGUUGUGUCUUGAAACAUUGCAAACUGGCUUAGUUUAUAAUUGCAUCUUUAUUAUUAUUAUUACUAUUAUGAUUAUUAUUAUUGUUUGCGCUCUUCUCUUCUCUCCUUUGUUUAUUAUUAUUUCCCUUACUAGAGUAGUAGUCGAGUCAAACGUAAAGCGAUGAGCAUUAGUUAGCAUUAAAUUGAUUAAGUAAAUUUUUGAGAAUUUGUUUAUUGCAAUUGCUGGACGUUGGUUAGUUACUUCGAUGAUAUACAAUUUUAUUUUGUUUGUUUUCAAUAUAGAUAACUACUGAAACGGUUGCUUAUCAAAUGCUCAAUGUUUGUUGUUAUUAGCACACACACACACACACACAAACACUCACACACACACACACACCUCAGUGUUGUCUGUCUGUACCAGUGCCAAGCGCAGUGAAGCCAAUAAGAAUUCUACAUAACAACAACAUCAACAACAGGAAGGAACAUUUCUAGUUGAACUUUGUUAAUUGAGAAAAGGGAUGAACUCUUUUUUUUUAUAUAUUACUAAGCAUGUAACAAGAAAGGGAAUUCGUAUAUAAAUAUAUACAUAUAUUACCUAACGAAAACUAAAAGUAAAACGAAAUUACUAUUACAAAAACCAAAUGAUCUUGAAUAUUGCAAAAAUUAACAAACAAACAAAAAAAAAAAACAAUUAAAACAAUGUAUGUAAAAAACAAAACAAAAAAAAAACAAACAAAUUAUAUAUGUGUAGCGCAGACUACAGUGAAUUAUAGCACCUAAUAAAAAACAUUUAAGAAUAAUUUUGUUCGAGCCUAAGCGCAAAACAUAUAAUAUUGUUAAUAAACUUAAGUCAAGGCAAGUCAAACUGAACACAUUAUAAUCGGCGAUGGCACAUAUUACUAUGCAUAUGUGUGUAUAUGUGUAUGUGCAAGGAUAAUUAAGAGGCAUGCGGGGCGCAACUGCAAACGAAUUUUAGUUAUUUAAGCAUUUAAACGUGUAAAUCGUGCAUCUAAAACUCUUGCUAUGACAAUUAACUAAAGUCAUCAACAACGAAAAGUGUUUUGGUUUUCGCUUUUAUUUGUAUUCUUGUUAAACUCUCUCUCUCUAUCUCACACGCACACACACUCUCUUUGCCAUUAUCUUGGCCAGCUUCAAUCAGUUAGUUGCUUUUUAACUUCUCAACUAUUCAAUGCACUGCCUGGUUUUUCCAAUCAAUCAAUCAAUCAGUCAAUCACCUCACCAACCUCUAACUAAGCAUUUAAGCAAAUAGUCGCACACAUUUUCAAAAUCUUAGUUACUUAAAACAAAGCGAGUUCACCCCCUCCAGAAAAAAACAAACUUUAAAAUCAAAACAAAUCUGAAAAUAAUCGUUGUCCAAAAAAAAAGUUUAAAACUUAUAAAAAAUCAAAUGCAAACUAAAUUUAAAACAUAUGUGAGAAGUCAAGUGUAAGCUUAAUACUGAUAAUUAUAUAUCUAUAUAUAAAUAUAAACAUUAAAAAUAGAAGCAUAUUUGAAAGAUAAGUGAAAAGUAAUCAUCUAAUAUCGGUGAAGUUUGUUUGAUGCGCAGUUUGGAAAACUGACGCCACACCCCAUUUCCACACCCAUACCCCAUACAAAGAAUAUUCAAAAUACACACACCCACUAACCACAUUUGAUUCGUACGUGGAUGUAAGAAACAAUUUGUCAAUACUUGAUAUUUUUUAACAUUCAUUAUUUGUACAUACUAUUAGUUCUGCUUUUAAAGUGUCGCCCUCACACACUCUCAUUUGACAUGAAAGAAAAUGCUUUGCCAUGAGCUUAUUAAACAUAUAAACAAAACAAAAAACCACACACACACACAUAUAUAUAUAUAUAUAUAAAUAAAUAAAUAAAUAAAUA